AUGACAUUACUAGCCACAGGUCCUAAUAUUCGAAAGCGUGGCCGACCACGAAAAUACCCAUCCGUGGAGCAGAGGCGCGAGGCUCGCACGAUUCAACGACGGCAUCAGCGACGGCGACAGUCCGCCAGGGCUGCCGAGGCUGCCAACUAUGCGUCUCAAAUCGGUCCGUACUGUGCCAAUCUCGCUCGCGUACCCGCCGAGCCUGUUGCUGGGCUUGUUCUUCCUACCACUCCCUCUUCUGCCCUUCCCCGAGAGGAACCCACGCUGCCUGGAGACAUUCAGCCGCUCUCGCUUCCUCUGAGCCCCACACCAACUGCAGUCAUUGAACCUGGAAGUGCCGCUCUCCCUCGAUCUCUGUCCGCCGACCCGACCUUUAUUUUGCCAGAUAGCAUACCUGUGAACGCAAAUCCAGAUCAUCAUCCGCUAGAUCCCUCACGGACUAGCGAAUCAUCGCCCGCGGCACUGAUCAGCGAGGAUAACGAAGAAUCUCCGAUCCGAUCCCCUAACCAGUCCGGCUGUGAUCAUACACGUAUUCUGAGCGACACGAAUGACGUGUGGCCUGAUGUGGACGUGCCAGAUCCUGACAUCAUCGUCGAUUCGGAUACCGAGCUAGAGAGUCCAACUCCAGACCAAGAAACGAAAAGUACCGGAGCGCUACUCGCGGAACAGCUCCUCCGGUCUCCCGAGUGCUGCAUUGAUUGCCAUACGCGAUAUAAGCACGAGCGGAACCCAGUCGGAUCACCGAGCCACGGUCUGAACGAGGUCUUCAGCUGGCCCUGUCCCGACGUCCUCAGCACUACCAGACUGGCCAGGUCUGGUGACCAAUUGAUCGAGGACUGGCCACCAGAACAGCGUGAAAAAGUCUUCUGCGGAACCGAUGCGGGACAACCCAGCAGCGUGCCUGCUAUCUGCUUGGCCCGGGGAGAACAGAAGUUAGGGCCAGCAGCCGUCCACUUCGAUAUUGACAGUGUCUUAGCUCAUGUAACCAGUCCAGCUGUCUGUUCCCAAGGCCUCUACUGGUAUCCUGUUCAGCGGCCGGUCUCGGACCUCCAGUCGGAUCUUCACUUAGAUCCACUCCCGGUUCAGUUCACAGAUGGCCACGGUCACCUACAUUGCGUCUCAGUACCGCUACAUCGCGUUAAGCACUACACGUUUGCCCGGGUGUCGGGAUUCGAGGAUGCAUCGAUCUACGCCCUGUUCCCUAGACUCCAUCAGCCCCAGCAGAAGUCUAGCCGACUACCAGAUGAUCAGUUUCGGGUCUGGAUAGACGAUAUCCUCCUCCCAGCGGUCCAUCAAUACUACUCCGAUGCCCGGCUACAGCAUUUCCCUUCCAGUUUCAGUCAUAGCAACUCAAACUCAUGGGCGGCGUGGGCGGAGGGCCGAUCGAUCCAGACACAGUCCCGUCAACAGCUACUCAGCUACUUUCUGCCCCCCGAGCACCUAGAUCAUAUCUGGCAGGCUGUUCAUCAAAUUAUUCGAGCAAAGGGGCUAGACGAAUUCCAGGGGGUUCGUCUUUUCCUGAGUGCUAAGAACCUGAAGCUCCGUACACAGUCCGCGACCUGGUCCGAUAUGCAACAUCGGUUUCAACAGUUAUGGAGCAGCACUGCCAACCAGAGUUAUAUUCACGAGGUCUUCUUUGAUAUUGGGAAGGAAACAUGUCCUAUUGCCCCCGAUUCUGGCCAGCCCAUUCGGGGGCAAACUCUGCUCUGGAAACAAUGCUGUCUAGACAAGCUUCUCCGCUCCCCGCUAGUCCAGAACCCGGGGAAGACAAUAUUUUAUCCUUUCUCGUUUCUCCGAGAUACAGGGUCCUUGACGAUCCAAACCCGGACUAGAUCUCACCUCCGUAAGACCGGGCUCCUUUACAGCCAGUUCUACAACUCGGUCAAAGAGAUCUUUGCGGCUGGAAAUCAGUACCCCUUCAGUAAUCCACUGUUAGAGGCUCUAGCCCUGGACCACGAGUCAUAUCAAACUUGGCAGCAUAUCGGGAAAGGUUUUCAUGACCGAAACACCCUCCAUCGCGCGUACAUCCACAGCAAGUCCCGGUGUGCCACUGCAAUCGAUGCAUCUAUUGGAAAAUCUUUUGGGACCCGGGAAGAGCAUCGGGUGCGCGAAGACCUCCUGAUCCAAAUUAAUCAGGAAUUUCAGCGACGCCGCGCGACUCAACGGGUGGUUCAAAAUCCAUCAAGUCAACCAUUCUAUAUCCAUUCCACUGCGACCAUCCUUAAAUGGGUCCGGUGGAACAUAAAUCGGCUAUGUGCGGGAUUCGAGUUAACAAAUAGUCUGCAGCGCCAUUCUAUGGUGUCCUGGGAUCGCACCCAGGUAAUGAUCCUGUUCCUCCGCUGUCUCCGACGGGCAUUUGGCGGAGGCGGGAACCGGUUAGAGCAAAGCCGGGCGUGUUGGCAAGACGUGAAAGAAGUUCCGGGGUCCAAUGGCCAGAUUCAGUAUCGGGAGGGCAUUGGACUGGGAACCACUAUUCAACGCCACGGCUAUGGCUGGUUCCUUAACAAGAUCCACUGGGAUACUAUGGGUUUCCGCCCAGCCCAUCGUCUCCACAUGGACCUCCACACACCAGCGGUCAUGGCCCAGUUUCGAGUCAAUUACGAGCGCGUCCGCAAAUACCAGAAUGAUUUUCUUCUACUCGAGGAUUAUUUUCUGUAUAUAAUUCAGUAUCAGCGAGACCAUACCGCGUCUACUGCGCUGCUCUCCCUCCUCAUUGACUUCUGUCUGCGCGCCUUUCGGAAAGAUAUUCUGACUGUCUUGCAGGCGGGCAUACGCCCUGAAUUUCAGAGCAUUGCAGAGACUGGGCAGGUAGCGCUCAGCAAGCCCUCCCUACAACGGGUAUUAAAAGAUACACACUGGCCUCCUGCCAUCCUGACUGGCAGUCGUUGUGGCAUUAGGCGUGUUGAUCAUUUAUUUGCUUGGCUAUGGGGGCUGCAUCCUGACGAGUAUAGCCGCCUGCACUGGGCUCAUAAACCAUAUCGUACACUGUACCGCCGCUGUGUGAUCAAGAUCCAAGAAAUUUAUGGUGAGGAAAUAGCCACUUCCUGGCAAGCAUGCCUGAAACAUCGCUUUCUCAGCACGCAUUGGAUGCUGCCGUACCCAGACCAACAGACCUUGUUCAGCCGGGACAAGCACCAACGGUAUCGCUGGUGGUCGAGCUGGAAUGAAGAACUGAUACGGAAUUCGCUCCCGGCAUGCGUAUCUAGGUGCCCAAUCAUUCCCACUACGCAAUAUGGACAUUUACCUCAACAUGGCUGGAUAUCAUUCGCCCAGGCAAUGCCCUUGGAUAUCGAACUGCCGCCCAUCCCAGGCAAUAUCGAAGCAUUCCUCAAGAUGGUUCCCUCCAAACUAGUAGAUCUCGGGGCGAUUCUCCCCGCCGUUGUCACUAUGACCAUGGGGCCUCAAUCUGGCCACGACUAUCAGUUGCGUCCAAGCUCCCUCCGGAACCCUAUCACAAGCUCGUCUGGGAAGAUGGAGGUCAAUGGACCUUCUACUGUCCCCUGCCGGUGGGCUGAUUUCCUUGGCCAACUUUAUAGUAAACAGUCAGGAACUUGUCUGGCCCAACCUGAACCCCCCGCAGAGGUCAAUUCUCCCAACAAACAACCGCACAACGGUGUUUCGAAGAAUAACGACUGCACGUUAAUUUCCUCUUUUUGGCCGCAUUUUGAUGGAUCCAGUGUUUGUGACCACUGGCCAACGAUUCCCCAAUCUUGGUCUGCCCGACCGGCCGACCGAGCAAACUUCGAAAUACGGGCAUCCACCUUCAGUCGCUUUUAG